AUGACACGAGAAAUUAUUUUGAAUCUUGUCAAAGGAAUCACCUUCCUGUUUGUAACCACAUUUGGCACUAUGGGGAACAUCAUUGUUUUUGUAAAUUUUAUAUACAAAUUUUGGAGAGGGGCUCAGAAGAGACCUAUACACCUUAUUCUCAUCCACUUGGCAUUUGCGAAUACCAUAAUGCUUCUUUCCAAAGGAUUGCCAAGAGCAACAGCAGCUUUUGGUUUGAGACACUUCCUGGAUGAUACAGGCUGUAAGAUGGUUGUUUAUCUGGAGAGGGUGGCCCGGGACCUUUCCAUCUGCACCAGCAGUCUCCUCACUGUGGUCCAGGCCCUCACCAUCAGUCCCAGAGGCUCUCUGUGCUGGAGAUUCAAGCCAAAGACUCCAUGGCAAAUUCUCCCCGUGUUUCUCUUCUUUUGGAUCCUCAGUUCCUUGAAAAGCAUCAACUUACUUCAUUACAUCACAAGUGGCAGAAAAAACACAUCAGAAGCUUCUAAAAAUAACAAUUACUGUUCUUUCCAACCAAAUAAUCAGAAAAGCAAAUGGAUACUUAUUAUUCUUAUGGCCAUACACAGUGCCAUGUUUCAGGGUGUCAUGGGUGUGGCCAGUGGCUACAUGAUAUUUCUUCUCCAUAGGCACCACCAGCGUGUUCUCUACCUUCAGAGCUCUAAGCUUCACAAAACUCUCCCUGAAAUGAGAGCUGCUCAGAGUGUUCUCUUUCUGAUGUUCUGUUUUCUUUUCUUCUAUUGGACAGAUAACCUUUUUUCUCUCUUUUCAAAUUCUUUCUUACAGAAUAAUUCUGUGAUAUUGACAGUCCAAGAAUUUUUAAUCAUUGGCUAUGCAUUUCUCAGUCCAUUUGUGCUGAUUCACAGAGAGGGAAUUCUAGAUAGUGGCAAGCCAUAG